AUGGAUUAUGUUCUGGGAUUGACCAUGGAGGAAAUAGAAAUGGCAAUGGGCCUGGCAGCGGCUGGACCGCCACCACCAAACCCACCAAACUCAAACUACAACAAUAUUCCUACAUCCAGGCCUAUCAUCGGGUAUGGUGUGGCCAAUGAUGAAGGUGAAGAUGAAUAUGAUGACGAAGACGAGGACGACGAGGAAGAAGAAAAGCCAGUAGCCACGACGUCUAAGAGAAAAAAAUCGACCAAGAAAAAAGAACCAGCGGCCGAUCCUGCUGAGAACUAUACGGAUAUAGUCCCAGGCCAAGGUUCAUGGUCAUUCGAAAAUCUUCCGGAUAUCCUAUACGUUUUCAGGGGCCCAAAUCAACCAAGGGGCAAUGUCGAAGUUCCAACGAAACCCUCAGCUUGGGGCGAUAGUCCAUCGCUAAGAUGCUUUCCCAUCCUACCGGAUAGGGUAUCGGGCAGUGUCGAAGAAUUUAGGGUAGAGGCAUGGAUGCGCAUGGAUAGACGAAUCCAGCUCCAUGACAUCACCGACAGGAUGCACCCGGCGUUUAGGAUCGUCCCAAACACGCUGCAACAGCGCGGAGUCCGAUUCCGACAGGCCUUCAACAUCGCAUCUUGGGGGGUAUCAUCUAAACAAACCGACAAGGCCGUCGAGGCUAUUAAAAGCAAGCUGAUCCAAAACAACAUCAGCUUACAAGCAAAUACCACGCGCGGCUUGACACCGGGUUUGAUUAAUCCAAGCCUUGGGGAAGCGGGUGGCAGAAUCUCUGUCCCCCGGCAAUACGCACGACGAAAGGAUACCACGAUUCGUGUAGGAAUGGCUGCAGGAAAUUCAAUGCUAGGAAGCAUUGGCCCAGCGCCGGCGCUGGUUCCAAGAAUGUAUGCACCUACAUCAGCAAUCAAUCCUGGUGCGAACUCAACGCAAAUGAUUUCGAAAAGCCCACCCGCGGCAGUAGCGUCCUUCACAGGAGCUCCCUCUUCGGUGACAGCAUCCACGUCGCUCAGAGGAUUGAGGAGGCCAGCACCUACGCCAACCCGAGUUAUGCCUGCUCAAAUUCUUGCUAGAGCUGCAACAAACGCAAUUGCGAAUCCUUAUGGUCACUGUUUCACGGCGCCGGUGCUUACAGCAUCUGGUGAGGUCAGAAGUGUCAGGGCUCCCACCCUCGACGCUGCGAACGCAACUUUGGAAAGUGCAAUCGCAAACAUACUCCAAGAACAAACGAGGAACCCAUUGUUCGAAGAAUUGCUCAAUGACCGUCAAUCGCAACUGAUGCGGGAUUAUGAAAGGCGUAUGGCAUCUCGCCCACCGCAAACAGUCCAAGCAAAUCCUGAUACCUGGCCAUGCCACCAGCCUAUGGUAAGCUGGGCGGCGGAAGCGGCACCAAAUCCUACCCCAGCUCCACGGCCCACGGGUACUAUCUCAAACCCCGAGCACAAUCUUCUUCGGAGGGUUCAGGAUACGCCGAUCCAAGGCUCCGCACGACCCAAAAUCAAAAAGGCGUCCACCCGCCGUCAACGUUUGUCACCAGCUCGAAACCAUGGACACAGACAGAAUGGUCGUAAUCCUACUGCAAGCAUCAAUACCAGCAGGGAGUUGGAUAGGCUCGAACCCUCGACGAUACGAGCUAUCAUCAGCCUUCUUGAGGUGAACACUGAGGAGCAGUUCCGCCAGUUCUGUCAUCAGUUCACCGCCUCAAGCAACGCCAUUGUGAAGAAAAGCGAAUCACCAGAUCCGCAACCUCAAGCCUUAGCCGCCAGUUUCAAUGAACCACAAGUCGGCACAACUAGGCCAGUUGUCAUCGAAUUUGACAACACCGAACAGGCUGAAGAGGACCUUGUAGAAGACAACCUCACCUUUGACGAGCUCAUUGCGAUAUACGAACACGAACAAGAGAAUGGUCCAGCACGACCAAUACCAUCCGCAUCGGACGAAUAUCAAGAGGUUGCCAACACCCAAGAAUAUCUGAUGGAAGAGGCACAGCGUGUAGCCGACAUUCCUUCAUACGAAUACUUGGGCAUUACUCAAGAGCAGUAUGAGAAAAUCAUAGCUGGGGACGACGACCUAGCUGAGAGAUUGACAGGGUAUCACUAA